CUCAUAUACAGAUCAGACACAGAACCCACACACAGGGAGCACACGAACACACAGACUCCUGCUGACUGCCUCAUUCAGACAAAAUGCGUUUAUUUUUUAACAAGCACACCAACGUGCCGAGGUCUCGAGGCGCGUCUAACGAAUCCAGUUUAGCGGUGACUGCGAGUUCGGCGGUACUUUACUGCGUCACGUGCGAUCAGCCGCUCAGCUCCCGGUGCCUUAUUAACGGCGCACAUCGGGAUCACCGCCUGAAGGAUCUAAAGGACACCGUUCACGAUCAAGUGAAAAGAUUAAAUGAUCUCAGUGGGAAACUGACAUCCAGAGAAAGGAAGUUUGGCAACCUUACACCUAAGAUUGAAGCAGCAGAGCGCGAGCUCGAGGAUUUGUGCAGCCAGACACAGGAACUGCUUCAGAAUGAAUACAGUACUCUGAUGAGUUUAAUCGAGCAGAAUCGACAGCAGGCCUUUUUCAUCCUGAACGCACAGAAGGAAACAAUGAAACGACAACUCCAUCAACUGUACGAGGAUAUACAUAACUACCAGAGCAAGUCUACAAACAUAGUCAAGGAAAUAGAGGAGGUCAACAGAAAACAGGACAGUGAGAACCCUUCCAGCCUCCUGGGGGAGAUUAAUGCGCUUGAGACCAGCCUGCACACGAUGAACGAGUUUUACUCCUCUGUGGACAAGAAGCUGAAAGUUGACAACACAAGACUGAAAGCUCUGGAAAACUCUAUUAAAAAAAUCGUGGAGAAAAACAAAGAGCUUCUGCCACGGCCAUGGGAAUUCUCAGAGACCAUUACAUUGGAUGAGAGUAAAGUUCAAGGAAAUGUUCAGAUCUCAGAAGACAAGACACAGAUGUCACUGAGCCCUUCGAAUAGUCUGAGACUGCUGUCACCAUGGAAAAGCACACGGGCAUCUCAGAGCUUCAAAAAUGGCUUGCAUUACUGGGAGGUGGCAGUAGGAGGCUGUGAGAGUUGGGCAGUCGGAGUAGUGGAAAACAGCCGGGUAAAUGGCAUCCAAACUGGAAGCAAUGAAAAGAAUAUAUGGCUUCUGGAGUGUGACGGUGGCGAGCUCUCAGUGAUGCACAACAACGACUUCAGCACAGUAAAGGAGAACAACAUCGAAACCCUCGGCGUCUUUCUGGAUUGUGAUAAAGGGCGACUGAAGUUCUAUAAUGUCAAUACAGGUAGCAUUCUGCACUCAUUUAUUGCCGAGUUCAAGCACGCUGUAUUUCCCAUGUUUCGCAUGCGUACGCAGAAAGACAGUUUGGCACAACUGAAGAUCUGCAACCUGGUAGAAAGAGAUAACAUCCAAAUCAUAAGCUCUGACAUGUCUGUCAUCUCAAAGUCACUAAACGAGGAUGCUAUGGAGUUAUCUUCUGAGAGCUCGAAUUAGGAUUUUUAAAUAAAAAAGUGGGUUUGCAUAUAUUAUGUUUACUGUAUUAUAAGUCCUGUCUAUUUAAAUGCAUUGAUUUUAUUACAGUGUUGUGAUGAGAGGGUUAAUGAAGAUAAGAUAUGAAGAUAAGAAUGAAGCUAAGCUGUAUGAUGUUAAUUAAGAUAUGCUACAGUACUUACACACAGCUAAGCUGUAACAGUGCAAUAAAUAAUUUAUGAUGUGAAAUGUAUUUACUUUUAAUAAAUGCUUUAUAUUUGUACGGAUCUGUUUUAAAUUGUAGAUGUUAUAUUACAUUUUUUGAAUAAAAUCUCAAAAGAUU